AUGAAUGAGUCAAAUGCGAACGACAUGAUAAUACGUCUGCUGAGUGUUGGCUUUCCUGAUAAGGGACUAACGAAAACAGUUAAAGAAAACGAAAUUAUCGCUUUGUGUCGUGAGUUGGUGAAGUUAAAUAUUUUAGAAUUUAUCUGCAUUGUGAUCAAAAAUAUAACACAACUGAAUGCGAAAAUUGCUGACAAUAAUGAAAAUAAAAUUGAAGUGAAAGCAAAAGAGAUAUUUCUCAACCAGUCGUCACUUAUCGAAAUCGAUCCGCCAGUCCGUAUCUGUGGUGAUACUCAUGGUCAAUAUGGCGACACGUUACGACUGUUCAGUCGUGGAGGCUUUCCACCAACAUCGAAUUAUUUGUUUCUUGGUGAUUACGUUGAUCGAGGAAGGCAAAAUCUCGAGAAUAUUUGUCUUUUGCUUUGUUAUAAGAUAAGAUUUCCGAACAAUUUUUUCAUGUUACGAGGAAAUCAUGAAUGCAGUAAUGUGAAUCGUGUUUAUGGAUUUUAUGAAGAAUGCAAUCGACGAUAUCAAUCGCCGAGGAUGUGGCAAGCAUUCCAAGACACAUUUCAAUGUAUGCCAUUGGUAGCAUUAGUCGGUGAACGUAUUCUGUGUAUGCACGGUGGUAUAUCACCACAACUGAAAAGCUUGCAACAAUUACGACAAAUACAACGUCCUUGUGAUGCCAGUGGUCCAUCGCUUGAGAUGGAUCUUCUCUGGGCUGAUCCAGUCGUUGGUUUGACUGGUUUUCAGGCCAACAUGAGGGGUGCUUCAUAUGGCUUCGGACCAGAUAUUUUAGCGACAAUGUGUAAAACGUUAAAUAUUGAUUUGGUUGCUCGAGCGCAUCAAGUCGUACAAGAUGGCUAUGAAUUUUUUGGUUCACGUAAACUAGUGACUAUAUUUUCAGCACCGCAUUAUUGUGGACAGUUUGAUAAUGCAGCUGCAAUGAUGAUUGUUGACGAGAAUUUGGUGUGUUCUUUCCAGAUUCUUAGACCCACAAUCGGUAGAGGUAUCACUAGGAUGGUUCCGACUUCUGUUGGAAAAUGUUGA